AUCCAAAUCAAUCUACAAAUUAGUUUUCUUGAGGGGAUUUUCUGGUACAUUUUUGGUAAAAUGGGCACCAAUUUGAACAGGGUUUUCAUCAUCCAUGUAAUUUAUCAGAUUUUAGCCAUCCAUUACUCGCCAGGCACCUGCUCUGCACAAAAUGUUUCUGCUGCUUUUAUAUUUGGAGAUUCUCUGGUUGAUGUAGGCAACAACUACUACAUUGACACAGAUGCAAUGCCAAUGUUUCCAAAUGGUAUUGACUUUGUGAAUGGAAGUCCAUCCGGACGAUAUACCAACGCUAGAACAAUUGGUGACAUUAUAGAAGAGGAAAUAGGCUUUAAGAAUUUCACUCCUCCUUACCUGAACCCGAAUACUACCGGAGAUGUGAUUUUGAAAGGUGUCAACUACGCUUCUUCUGGAUCAGGAAUUCUUAAUUCCACUGGAUCAGUCUUUGGUGCUCCAAUUUGCAUGGAUCAACAAAUCAACAACUUCGCAAAGACUAGGCAAGACAUCAUCUCAAGAAUCGGUGCUCCAGCAGCUCAGGGACUGCUUACACAGGCAUUCUACUUGGUUGUGAUUGGCUCAAAUGAUAUCUUCUCGGCGGAGGCUUCCACUUCUCGUGAUGUUUAUUUGGAUAAUUUAAUUUCCAAAUUUCAAUCCCAACUCACAACUCUUUACAGUUUGGAUGCAAGAAAGAUCGCAGUGACAAAUGCCCCUGUCGUUGGGUGCAUCCCUUUUGAGAAAGAUUUACAUUCAUCCCAAGGUGGUUGUGUUGAUUUCCUGAAUGAAUUAGCCAAGUUAUAUAACACUAGGCUGAAGAGCCUACUCCAAGAGCUUACAACAAAUCUUGCAGGAUCAACAUUUGUUUAUCUAGAUCUUUACGCAAUUUCAGAGGACAUAUUACAGAACUAUAAAUCAUAUGGAUUUGAAAAUGCAGAAUCUGCUUGUUGUCAAGUAAUUGGACAACAUGGUGGUCUAGUUCCAUGCGAGUCUUUCUCUCGAGUUUGUCGAGACAGAACCAAGUAUGUCUUCUGGGAUCCAUUCCAUCCAACAGAGACUGCUAAUCUGAUUACAGCAAAGCAUGCACUAGAUGGUGGCCUCAACUACGUUUCGCCAAUCAACAUUCGACAACUUAUGAAUUCUUGAGCAACCUUUAAAAUGCAUUGAAUUCGAUAUGAGGAUUCAGAUCGAUAUGAAACCCAUCAAUCGAAUAAUAAAUUAAUGUAUUACAUCAAUUUUAAUAUUACGGAAUCCCUUC